UGUGUGUGUGCGCGCGCGUGUGUGUUGUGUGUUGGGGGUGAAACCGGCGUCGCUGCGUUGCGCACAACUGCUGGUUCAUCUGGAGACUCCGGAGUGCGGAGCGCACGGUGCGUCCUGCGCGUUUAACAAACUUUAACUUGUUCGCAUGAGAGCAGAAACCCGCGGACCGACCUCAGCCUCGUCUCGUCGGUAGGGCAAUGGCUGUGCGGUCCAGGACGGGAUUCUACCGGCAGGAGGUGAACAGAACCGUGUGGGAGGUGCCGGAGAGAUACCGGGACAUGAAGCAGGUCGGAACCGGAGCGUACGGGACUGUGUGUUCAGCAUGGGACCGCCGGACAGGGACCCAGGUGGCCAUCAAGAAGCUACACCGGCCCUUCCAGUCCAAGCUUUUCGCCAAAAGGGCCUACAGGGAGCUGCGACUCCUCAAACACAUGAAGCACGAAAAUGUGAUUGGAUUGUUGGAUGUUUUCACCGCUGAGAUCUCCCUGGACCGGUUUCGUGACUUCUACCUGGUGAUGCCGUUCAUGGGCACCGACCUCGGCAAGCUCAUGAAAAUGGAGAGACUGACGGAAGACCGGGUGCAGUUCCUCGUCUACCAGAUGCUCAAAGGGCUCAAGUACAUCCACUCGGCAGGGAUCAUCCACAGGGACCUCAAACCUGGAAACUUAGCCAUCAAUCCAGACUGCGAAUUAAAGAUCCUUGACUUCGGCCUGGCGAGGCAGGCUGACGCGGAGAUGACCGGUUAUGUGGUGACACGCUGGUACAGAGCCCCCGAGGUUAUCCUCAACUGGAUGCACUACACGCAAACUGUGGACAUCUGGUCGGCAGGUUGCAUCAUGGCGGAGAUGCUGCUGGGGAAGCCGCUGUUCAAAGGAAAUGAUCACCUGGAUCAGCUGAGAGAGAUCAUGAAGAUUACAGGAACUCCGACUGCUGACUUUGUUGUGAAACUGCAGAGCCAAGAUGCCAAAAACUACAUCCGGAGUCUACCAAAAGUGCCAAAAAAAGAUUUGCACACCAUUUUCUCCAAAGCCAGCGUCAACGCUGUGUGUGUCCUGGAGAAGAUGCUGCUGCUGGACCCUGAGCGGCGGGUCAGCGCCUCCGAGGCCCUCGAGCUGCCGUUCUUCAGCGAGUUCAGAGACGUCGAGGAGGAGACGGAGGCGCUGCCGUAUGACCAGACCAUGGACAACACCGACCUGCCGCUGGACCAGUGGAAACGUCACACUUUCACAGAGAUCCUGACCUUCAGGCCGUCCAGGGACUCCAGAGAGACGUCACUUUAACAUCACUACACCUCCACACAGCAUUCACACAUGUUCUGAAACACCAAACUUGUACAUAGUCCCACCUGCACCCAUAAAUGUUCCUUUCUUUUUGUAUUUGUGUAGCAUUAAUGGCUAUUAUUAGUUUUUUGCGUUCAAUAAAUGUGACU